AUGCCUCCUUCAAAUACCCGACCGAGAAAAAAGAAGAAUGCUCGAAAACCCCUUCAGCGUGCCAAGAUCACCCAGCUAGCCACAGACACCCAGAAGUCCCAGAACUCAGUGGACCAAAAAAUCCUUGACAGGAUUCAAAAAUGCUUAGCACGGGCAUAUCACGCAAAUUCGUCUGAGGGAGAAGCGAAAGCGGCUCUUUUCCUAUCACAGAAACUCAUGAGCCAGCACAACGUCACUCAAGCUGAUAUUAUGAAAGAUGACAACACAAAGAGUCACUACGGUGGGCAGAGCGUUGUGGAAGUUAGAAGAACGGAUGGCAACAAAAUGAAGAAGGCUGUACAAGAAAGCUUUGUAGAGAAAUUGACUGGAGCCAUGUGUACCUUCUUCGAUUGCAAACUCUAUGUCAGUGACCUCUACGACUGUAUCGAAUGGACAUUCUAUGGGAUUGCUCCGAAUACCGUCGCGGCGGCAAAGGCAUUCGAGAUGACACAUAAUCAGAUCUCGGUAUGGGCUUGUGAAUACAAAGGAGGUACACCGUCAUUCAGUUAUCGUCUCGGUGUCGCCGAUGGCCUUGUGGCUAUGGCGAACCGAGAGAAAGAUAAAGAGCUACAAGCAGCAAAGCGCAAGGAGCUGGAAUAUCAGGCUGUUAAGAAGGAGGAAGCCCAAAAACAGUCAUCUCAAACUUCGCCUUUCACCGUUCCUCCGCCACCCACGCCUUCCUCCGAUAAACUCACUCGUAUCUACGAAGAGGAUCAGUCAAUGGGAGAUAUCAACGAUCCUUAUGAUGGGGAGAUGGACGCAAACGAUGGAUUUGGCUUCGACUGCGAUGUCAACUCCGGCAUCCAGAUGGACUUUAGUGCCAAAGAUAUUGAAACCAUUGAUCUACGUGACGACGAUGAUGAUAUCAUCAACAGACUGAUGAAACGAGAUCCAGUAGUGGGGCCAGAGGUUGUCAGUCUUGACAAGAUUCCUGAGUUCAAGGCAGAGCCAGAGGUUCCCGUGAAAUCCGAGCCUGCUGCUCAGUCUGUAUCUGAUGUCUCUCCAUGGGAAUCGAGCAUGCAGCUCGUGCAGUUUCGACAAACGGCAGAUCAGGUUGCGACUGAUUAUUUGAGCGGACAAGGUAUCAAACUAAGCCGUGCUUCGUACAGAGGAUCCACGGCUAUUCGAGAUGGAGAUGCUUACCGAGAGGGUCAGCGGGAUAGUUUGAAGAUUGAUGUUCGUAACCCGGAGAUGGCCUGA